AUGUCCGGUAACGGCGGUUAUGUGGCGUGCGACAGCAUCGUCAGCAACACGAGUACCAGCAACAGUAACAACGGGACGGUCACCGGCGGCAGCGAGGACGCCAAUCAGCAGCAAACCGAUGUUCUGCCGGACUUGAACGGCGUCGACUUGGCUAUGAGUCUUUCGCCUCCCAAGAAUUCGAUUCAUCAACAGCAUCACUUGCAUUUGCAUCACGGCACCGCUCCGCACCACUUGGCUCUGGGUCCGCACCAUUUGCACCAGCAUUUACAGCACCAGAGCGCAAUACAUUCGACGCCGUUCAGCGUCACCGACAUCCUCAGCCCCAUCGAAGAAUCUUAUCGAAAACUAGAAUUGGCCGGAGGCAAUCCGCCCUCGCCUUACAGAUCAACGUCCAGCGGCAGUAGCUUGACUUCACCUAACAACGUGACCAACGGUUCCUCCUGUGUUGGAAACGUGCCGGUAGCGAUGUCACAGCCACCAGUUGUAAGCAGUGGCGGCAGUGGCGGAGGCAUGUAUUCUAUGGGGGCACACUCACUGUACAGCCCUCCUUUGGGCCCCGUUCAAGGUUACUGUUCAGGUCCCGACAAUUUGGGAGCCUUAGCUGGACACUACAGUGACGUCAGGGCCGCCGGUGGAUGGUAUGGGCCCGCCACCAAUGACCCGCGAUUUGCAAUAUCGCGGCUGAUGAGUGGUUCGUCCAACAUGAGUCACGCGAUGAAUAAUAUGGGCGGCCUGGGCCCCGUGUCCGGCCUGGGUCCAUGCAACAUGGGCGCCACCGACACCAAACCGAUGCAGUUCCCUCUGGUGCAGAGACGGAAACGACGCGUACUCUUCACGCAGCAUCAGCUUAUUCAACAUAUCUUGUCUGUUCUUCUCAAACAGACCACACUCCAAUAUUAAAUGUUCUCCACUUCCAACUGAUUUACCACACCUACAUACAUUCGAAGCUGCAACACCUAUCCGAUGCAGGUGUGAUGGAAAGCUUCCAUGGUUUAAUCUUAACCUCGUUAAUGUUACUAAGGUUCUUCUAUCCUCGAAUUUGAAACUUUCUUGCCACAUUCUGCUUCCCACUGUUGGAUUGCAUACUCUAUAAUAGGCCCCUCUAGUCUCAUUUGGAUCGAUCCAUACUUUUUGCCACUCUUUAAAAUUUCUAUUUUUACACCGUUUCACAUAAUCCUUGUAUGUUGCUACAUGCAUAAUAGAUCCAUUUUUUGUUGCUUGUUUUGCUAUUUUAUCAGCCAUGUCGUUUCCUUUGAUUCCUGAGUGAGCCUUAAUCCAUAUUAUUUUAAUGGUAUACCCUAUUCUCAUCAGCCUAUUAAUAUCGAACCACACUUCAUAGAACAAUAUAUCUGAUAGCCGAGUUUUGUUGUAUAAAUUUUGUAGAGUUUCUAUACUACUUUUACUGUCGGUGAAUAUAACUGUCUUCAUUAUUUUGUGCCUUUGAAUUAACUCUAUUGCCUUUUUAAUAGCAAAAAUUUCCGCAGUAAAAAUUGAAACAAAAUCAGGCAGUUUAUAUCCCAACUUAAUGUUCAAAUUUUCCAAAUAUA